UGUUACAGAAACUAGCUAGGACCCUAUUUUAACAUAUCUACUAAUAAAACAAACAUUUGAUGUUGUAUGUAUACAUACAGGAAAAAAAUCCAAAGGCAUUGAGGUUCCUCUUCUGUAAGGAGCUUACACACAGUGACAUCAAGAAGAGAAACAAAAUAAUUGUUCCUAGGAGGGAUGCUGAAAUCCAUCUCCCUAGUAUCGAAUCAAGACAAGGUGUUCGACUUUAUAUGGAAGAUAAAGAAACCAGAGAAACUUGGUGCUUCAGAUUCAGAUAUCGUAUUACCAAUAACUCCAAAGUACAUUCACUUGAGGGAACUAGACAAUUUCUUCAAGUCCAUGGUAUGAAAGCAGGGGACUACAUUGUCAUUUACAAAGAUGAUGAGAGAAGAAGAUAUGUGAUUGGAGUGUCCAAGCAGGAUACAAGAGAAGCACUUUAUUACUCUUCAGUUACUACUAGCACUGUGGUUUCCAACUUGAGUAUCAAAAGCAGUUCAAGCUAUACCUACUUCAAUCAACUUUCAGACUUCUCAAUAGUAGAUGAAAUGGAGGAGGUUGCAACGCCACACACGCCUUAUCCCUAUGGCAAUGCAACUUGUAAUGGUGAUGAUCUAGUAUCAUGUGAGCUUGAAAGGCUUCCCUCAUUAAAGACCUUCAAGUUCUUUGAUUUACCCAUAGACUACAUUUUCUGGAUAUAACACCACACCGAAGCAACUCUUUAGAGGUAUAUACUUUGCUAGAUGUUGAUCAUCAG